GCGACCACUCCGCGAACAUGUCUCGAUCGUUUCUAGUUGACACGUUGAUCAGUGACACGAAGGAUUGUAAGAAGACAGAAAUGUCUCCCGAUUUGAACCCUUAUAGUCUCAUAGGGUCGCACUUGGACCCGCGGCCGAAGUUCCUGCCGUACCCUUAUCCGGGGAAUUUGAAUAAUCUGCUGAAUCUUGGACUGCAGCAGCGGUCGCCGGAUUUAUUCAGGCCGUUUUUGGAGCAAUUGCAGUUCCGUUAUCCGUUAUUGCACCAACUGCCUCGUCAACCGGAGUUCUUCGAAGCCCAAAGUGAACUAAGGCCUUUCGAAAACUACCUGAAAACUGAGGAACAAGACGCUUUCGUGAGUAGAAGGAAGAAGUCAGUGUCGCCAUAUCUUCACCAUCCAUACAAAACCACAUCACCAUCGAAAAGCCAAGGUCAAAGGUCGCCCUCGCUUUCCAGUGAAAGCAGAAACGGUACACCAAGUCCACCGCUUGCACACGCUGAGGAACUACUCCCGGGGUACUCCAAAGACCUGAAGCGCUUACCUCUCAAAGAAGACUCCAGCAAACGCAUCAGAACAGCCUUCACAGGAACCCAAUUAUUAGAACUGGAGAGAGAGUUUUCCAUGAACAUGUAUCUAUCAAGAUUACGAAGAAUCGAGAUCGCUUCUAGGCUGAAACUGUCUGAGAAACAAGUGAAAAUCUGGUUCCAAAACCGCCGCGUGAAGUUGAAGAAGGAGGAAUCUCCGAUGAGCUCAAGCGAGGGGAAGAAAAAGUGUUGCUGCACGAAGACUUGCGCGAAGAACAGAUCUGAAUCCUGUGAAAAUGAUCAAGAACAAAUUGACGUUGUGAGUGACAAUGACACUAGUUACGAAGCCCAGAAUUUAUCGCAGUACCUUUAAUUUUGGAUCAUAACUUUAUGAGUAUAGAGUACAAACUACAGUAAUUAAAGUAAUUACAUAUACUAAUGUGAAAUAACCUAAUACAUAAAAACAGUGUUCUGUAUGGACUAAAAGUGUCAGAAAGCUAAGUUCUACUGCGACGCAAAGGUUUUCAAAAGUUGUUGAUCGUAUUGUCUACUACUUAUUGCAACUGAUAUCAGUUGAUUUGUCUAAAGCUAAAGAGAAUCGACUUUAAACUACGAAGUAAAGAAAUGAAAAAGGACAUUUUUUUUUUGUGACAAGUAAGGUAAUGAAAAAGUAGUGCCAAAUAAAACACUGAUAAGAAUAUUCUGAUAUGAGAAUGUCAAAAGUAAAAAAUACUUCAUAAUUUUAAUACGAUUCUGAGUUAUUUAUUAUAAAGUGUCAUUUUAGGUAAUAAGAAUUGUGGAAUUUGUAUAUUGU